AUGGAAAGCAGGAAGAGGACAGUCUUUUCUAUUCAAGACAAGGCCAAAGCUAUUGAACUAAGCGAGAAAGGCCUGUCUUCUCGGAAAAUUUCGGAGAUUUUUAAAUGCGGUAAAACGCAAAUUAAUAAUGUGUUAAAACGUAAAAGGGAAGUCUUGGAGGAUUUGGAGUGUAAUGUUGACCCUGAAAGAAAAAGACGGCGUCAUAUCACGGGGAAUGAGGAAAUAAAUGAACUUUGCUGGAAGUGGUUUCAGGAUGCCACAAAGCGUAGGAUAUGUGUUACCGGACCUCUCCUACAAGAACAGGCCAGAAAGUUUUCUACUCAGCUGAACAAUGAUUCAUUCACAGCAUCUAAUGGGUGGUUAGAAUCCUUUAGAAAAAGGCACAAUAUUUCUUUUUGUUUGAUGAGUGGGGAGAGGGGGGGUGUAAACACAGACACAGUAAAUGAUUGGAAAGAGAAACUUAAAUUAAUAUGUAAAGGAUAUGAACCUAAAAACAUUUUUAACAUGGACGAAACAGGCCUUUUUUUCAGAGAAACUACACGAAAAACGUUGUUUGUAAAGGGGGAUGAUUGUGCUGGUGGGAAAAAAUCAAAAGACAGGAUUACUGUUGCUUUAUGCACCUCUAUGUGCGGGGAAAAGGUCAAACCUUUAUUAAUUGCCAAAUCCAGAAAUCCAAGAUGUUUUAAGAAAAUAAAACCAGAGACUUUACCAGUUUCGUACUAUUUUAACAAAAAAUCCUGGAUGAAUAGUGAAAUCAUGGAGGCAUGGUUAAAAGGACUUGACCGCAAAAUGGGUCGACAAAACCGUAAAAUUUUAUUAUUUUUGGAUAAUGCCCCAUCCCACCCCAAAAUUGAGCUGAGAAACAUUGAGCUAAAAUUCUUUCCAGCAAACACUACAUCUCAUACACAACCAAUGGACAUGGGAAUAAUCCAGACCACAAAGCUUAAAUUCCGGAGGAAACAGAUGCAGUACAUAUUGACUCAAAUGGAUAAACAGCCAGGCGUUGGGGGUACAGAGCUUCUUCGCCAGAUAAAUAUUCUGGACACAGUUUACUGGAUUAGUCAGGCUUGGAAAGAAGUAGAAACAAGCACUGUAUUUAUAUUCUCUUUCUUUCCCUCUAUUAAAUUGCAUUGGAUUUGAGUGAUAUUUAUAAUUACGCAUAACACAGAAGACCCAAUCACCAAAUCUGGUGCGUAUGAAUACAUUCAGUAUUCCUUCAGCAGUUCAGUAUUUCUCGAAGAACAUGAACUGCUUUUCUCGCGACUUCAAACCGGAUCACGACCUGAUAUUAUAUUCUUACGCUGAUUAUUAUUUCAUUGAUGUAAAUAUAUUUUGACGGUUAAAUGACGGUUCAAUUAAUUAAUUUCUUAGUAUACCAAAAGUUAAUUCAUUAAAUUACAGAAAGAAAAAUUAAAGUGUGUUAUUAGAAUUUAAAACGCUGUGCACUAUUUUUGUCAGCAUAAUUCGGCUGUUCAAAUGGCUCUUCCGUUAAUUUCGCA